AUUAUGCAUUUUUUCUUUCUUCACAUCUCCUUUACUCUAUAUGUUCAGGGAUAGGAUUUUAGCGGAGCUUGAUGAUCAAGGAUUUUCAGUGGUGGAGGGGGUUCUUUCAGAGGAGGACUGUCGGCGAUACAGCGACGAAUUCAAAGACUGGGUCCACCAAUACAAAGAUAACAAUAAGACGUUCGGUAGCUUUGAGUCCCUGGUACAGUCCUACAGGAUUGGUCACUUCCACGCCUCAUGGGCAGUUCGUCUUAAAGUCAAACACGUCUUCAGCGAGUUAUGGGAGACUGAAAAGUUACUGUCCAGCGUGGAUGGAGUGGCCGUAUCACCACCCCCCGAAAUGAUGCCAGAUCGCCCAAAAUUUAGAACCAAAAAGACGUUUCUUCAUUUAGACCAAGGGUCAAAGAGACAAGGUCUUCAUGCAUAUCAGAGUGGCGUGUACUUAGAGGAAUCUUCAGACAGCGACCACUGCUUUCGCGUGUUGAAGGGAUCCCACAAACUGAUCAAAGAUUUUUACGACAAUUUUUCACUGGCAGCCAGACAGUCAAGCGCAUUUGAAUAUUAUGAACUAACGCAAGAAGAAAUUGACUGGUAUAAAGACCGCGGAUGUCCGGCGACAACAGUGCCUGUACCCAGAGGUGGCAUGGUGCUCUGGGAUUCUAGACUGGUUCACGACAAUGCAAGACCAGUAGAGGGUCGACCUCGUUCUGAUAGGUGGCGUCACGUGGUAUUUGUUUGUAUGACGCCUGCAAAAUGGGCAAAACAAUCCGAUAUCAAAAUCAAAAGAGAAGCAUAUGAACAUCUUUUAAUGACCACUCACUGGCCAAGUCAGGGGGUCUCCACGUUUCCGGAAUACCACCCGACUGGACGAGAAGGCAUCAGAGAAUUAACGGAACUCCCAGAAAUUGCCAAACAGAGAGAAGUGAGGCUGCUGAUGGGAGUAGACGAGUACGAAUUCAAUGACGGAGCAUCGAUCGGACCCAAAGAGCCAGUAUGGACAUGA